AUGACUAUCUACAGACCGCCAAAUCAAUCUUCCGAGGUUGACGAAACCAUGUUUGGACUAAUGAAAGAACUGGCCCAAAAUGAAAACGCACUGAUAAGUGGAGAUUCUAAUGCCCCACUUAUCGACUGGGACGACUUAUCAGUAAAAAUUUCGCGCGAGUCUUACCUCCAGACUAUUAAAGCUAACGGGGAACAUUUUUCUCGUUCAGAAUGUUACAUUUCCAUAAAGAAUCAAAGAGCCACAAACAGCGAACUGUCUAGACCCGACCUGCUGCUCCAACCGGCCGAGUGUCGACUGCGUGGCGCAGUGCGUUUCCUCGAUGUAUGGGCUGGAGGUUUUGCCACCAUUGCCCGCAGUCUCCCCUCCGGUGUCAUUUACGCCUGUGGUCUCAACAACUACGGUCAGCUGGCACUUGUUCCGGCCAACGGUUCCUCGCGCCCUGAGACUGAAAAAUCACAGGCAGACACAGAAAUGGUUGUUGAUUCUGAGGGUACUGCUUCUGGCGCCGAAAUCAGCCGUCAGCCUCUGUCAGAGUCCAUGCUGCUGAGAAAGCAGGGUCCUCUGGUUCAGUUCAUGCUCACACCCGCGCUGGGUUUCGACCCGACCAAGGGCUGGCAACAGUUCGCCAUCAGUAUGCACCACACUGUCGCCCUCACAGCUUCCGGUGAAGUGUAUGCCGUUGGACGGAGCGACUACGGCCGUCUGGGCUUUCCUGUACCGGCAUCGGUGGACAGUUCUGCGGUCCCGCUGCCUCACCUUGUCCAGGGUGGCCUGACAGGUCGCGAGUGUCAUUGGGUCGCCUGUGGCGAGUCCUGUUCCUUUGCCGUGGACAGCAAUGGUGUUGCCUUCUCAUGGGGAAUGGGAAGUAGUCAGCAACUGGCACAAGAGGAUGAGGACGAGGACGUGCCCGAGCCGGCGCCAAUGUUGGGGAAAAAUCUCGCCAGUCGGAGGAUUGUAAUGAUUGACGCCGGCGGUCAACACACCGUUCUUCUCGCCCAGGACCCCUCGAGGAAUCCACUUCCUGCAGAAGCCAAGGAGUCAACUCAAAAGGAGGUCAUACCAGCACCCGAACCGGCUCCCAUGGACGUGUCUGAGGAGUCCACUGUCGUCUCACACUCCCCAAAGGAAACUACGGAAGUGAGUGCCAGCGACCACGCUCCCCUAGUCUUCGACGAUCUUCCGCCCACCAAGGUCCCGAAACUGGAGUCUGAUUACAAAGAAAAGUCCAUAGAUGAUAUUGAAUUGGGACGCUCGAUGGCAGUGACCGGGAAAGUGGAUAUUGUGACCGCCUCUGAUCUGCUGACACCUGUCACCUGCACAUUGCCGAUUGAUGUGCGCAGUGUGGACAGCAGCGCUUUGGCAAGUACAGCCGGUGCCACAGUGAACACGAGUUCCCUGCGCACGUGUUCCAUCACCAGCAGUUCGCAGCCGCCCUCCUGUGAUGCGGUGAGCAGUUGCAGCAGCAAUGCCAGCGCGGAGUCUGGUUUGGUUAGCAGUACUCACAGCACCGACGGCGGUGGUUCCAGUCGCUUAAGCUCUCUCGGUGGU